UUCAUUCCCUCCUUCCUGCACGCGGAUAAUUGUCGGGGGAAAGGAAUCGCACUUCUUCUCGAGAUCGCUUUCGGCUGAUUCUAUAGUCCUCGGAUAAGCGUCUCCGGAGUCCAAUCCAGGGUUCCAGACUUCCAGUAGUCCUCGUUCGGUUGCUUUUCGCUCUUGAGUUUCUAAUUUCGGGCGAAUCGGGGCUUUUUUUUCUUUCCUCUCUUUUUUGGAGUGGGUUCGUACUCGUUCGAAAUGGCGUGUGAAAAAAGUUGAUUUUUUUCCCCUAAACUUUCCUCUCUUCAGUUUGCGAUGGAUAGGUCGAGGACUGAUUUUGAUUUCUGACUUUUGGGGCAUUCACUGCUCGGCUGCUCCGUUGAUCUAUAUUUUGACAGGUUCGAUUAAUCGAAUGUGAAGUUUUAAUACAAGGUUUUCUCGUUCAUUAAGGAUCUUGCUAUAGAUCUGUGAUUAACAUAUUUAGGAUGUCUUUGUCAGGGGGUCAUUAUGUUGUUUUUUUUUAACAGCGAGGGAUUUGAUGGUUGCGUAGAGACUAUGUUUCUUUUUAAGUGGGUAGUUAGUGAAAACCUUGCUAAUUUGGUUUUAUAUUAGUCGAUAAAGUAUUCUAUUGAUUUAUGACUUUGUCGACGUUGAUUGUUCUGGUGACCUAUGUUUUGAUGGGUUAGGUAAUCUGAUAAGGUUAUCUUGUUUAUUAAGAAUGUUUCUUUGAGUUCUCUAUUCUAUAGAUCUUUGUUUUUAUAGCAAGGAAUUUGAUGGUUGCCUAAAGAGUACUUUUCUUUUUGAGCAGAUAGCUAGUGUUCAUCUUGCUAGUUUUGUUAGAAAUAAUCGAUGAAGUAUUCUGUGGAAAAUUAUCAUUUAUGUUGCUGUUUUCAACAGCGAGGUAUUUGCUGGUUCUUGUAAAGAUUAAGUUUCUUUUAAGUGGGUAGUUAGUGUUCAUCUUACUAUUUUAGUAGAGAACAACCCAUAAAAUAUUCUGUUGAAUCUUUUCUGUCAAGAAAAUUAUCAUUGCAUCUGAACUUUAUUCUGUUUUUUAAAUUGUCAUCGUUACUGUUCUUGCUCUUUAUCAGGAUUUUUGUGUAGAGGUGAUUUUGUUUAAAAGUUGCAGAUUAAGGUUCUGAGAUGGAUGACUACAGUUCUGAGAAAGAUGAGAUAUUAAAGGAGUUCUUUAUUCCUAGUUACGUAUUUACUGCGGAGUUGCCAAUAAAACACCUUUCUCAUGUACCCGCUUGUCCUGUAGUGGUCUUCAUUAAUACCAAAAGUGGUGGCCAGCUUGGAGGUGAUUUACUUGUCACAUUUCACAAAGUUCUUAACAAACUUCAGGUUUUUGAUUUGCAAUCAGAAGCUCCUGACAAGGUGUUGCACCAGAUAUAUGGAAAUUUGGAAAAACUCAAAGCAAAAGGAGAUCAUCUUGCUGCUGAAAUCUUAAAUAGGUUGAGACUAAUUGUUGCAGGUGGAGAUGGUACAGCAAAUUGGCUUCUUGGAGUAAUUUGUGACCUUAAACUUGCUCGACCACCUCCUCUCGCCACAAUGCCACUAGGCACUGGAAACAACAUCCCGUUUUCAUUUGGCUGGGGAAAGAAGAAUCCUGGUACAGACUAUCAAUCUGUCAAAUCAUUUCUAGAACUAGUAAUGAAAGGAAGAGAAAUGAUGAUCGAUAGCUGGCAUAUUAUUAUGAAAAAGCAAGUUCCAAAGGAAGGUUCAUGUGAUCCAAUUUCACCUUUAGAACUACCUCAUGCUAUGCAUGUGUUUCGGUGUGUUUCACAGACAAGCUCAUUGAAUAUGCAAGGCUACCAAACAUUUCGUGGGGGAUUCUGGAACUACUUUAGCAUUGGAAUGGAUGCACAAGUGUCAUUUGCAUUCCAUGCUGAGAGGAAGAAGAACCCAGAAAAGUUCAAGAACCAGUUAGCUAAUCAGAUGACCUACUUGAAGCUUGGAUGUACGCAAAGAUGGUUUUGUACAUCUCUAUUUCAUCCUUCUUCAAGGAACAUAGCUCAGCUUGCAACAAUGAAGAUCAUAAGAAAGACUGGCAACUGGGAGAAGCUUCAUGUUCCUCGCAGCAUCAGGUCAAUUGUUUGUCUUAACUUGCCCAGCUUUUCUGGGGGAUUGAAUCCUUGGGGAACACCAGAUAAGAAGAAACAACAAGAUAGAGAGCUGACUCCACCAUUUGUCGAUGAUGGCCUACUUGAGAUCGUCGGUUUCAAGGAUGCUUGGCAUGGACUUGUUUUGCUUGCUCCUGGAGGACAUGGGACUCGCCUUGCACAGGCACAUCGCGUUCAAUUCAAAUUCCACAAGGGCGCUGCUGAUCAUGCUUAUAUGAGAGUUGACGGAGAACCAUGGAAGCAACCACUUCCUCAAAACAAGGACAAAGUUAUCGUCGAGAUCUCCCAUCUACGUCAAGUGUGUAUACUCACAACAGGUAAUUGCGUAGCUAAAAGUAUCCACGAUAUACCUCGCAAUGAAGACUCAAGCAGUGAAGAUUCUAACAAUAGCUACUCUGAGGAAAGGAGGAAGUUUGGUUCAGCAGAAACAUUCAGGUAUCAUGACGAUAUCGAUAGUGUCAGCAGCGCUUAGUUUUUCGGUGAUUUAGUAUGUAUUUUUCUGAUUUGCUUCUUCAGUCAAUCUCAUAUAGUUGUGUUUUUUGGUGUU